CAAAUACACACUCACUGAGGUGGUGAAUACAUAUUUUUAAUGUUUAGCUAGAAACUGUAGUGAUCUCAGCAGUAAUGUACUGUCUGAGAAUGCAGACGAGUGAGGGUCGUCAAAUUCUUCUCAUCACCUACUGAAUGAACAAAUUGACCUGGUUUCUGUGUUAAUCUGCAGGAUUAGAAUUUGAAUGACUGUGUGUGUGUGCAAAGCUAACAGUUUUCUCGUCAAUUGGAGAUGACUACUGAUUUUCGCUGCAAGGUGAUUAUUCGAAAACCCUAUAUCGGUAGCUUAUUCUUAUCUGGUACACAAUAUCAACAAAUGGUUGGACGUGCUGGUCGGGCAGGUUUAGAUACUGUCGGUGAAAGUAUUACAAUAUUACAAACAAAUGAACUAAUACCAUUCGCCCAUAUGCUAUCUAGUAUACCUCAACCGUUAUUGGAUCCUAAGGAUGUUGAGGUGAAUAAUCAGUCAGUGGGUUUGUGCAAUAGUAAUUUGUUAUAUGAAAAUAGGAAGGGUUUACGACAACUUAUACUCUCACUGAUUGGUCUGGAGGUGAGUACUAACCACAGUAAUCCGUACUUUUAA